AUGGCAUCUGAAAUUUCCCAACAGCAUCCACUUCAUGUCUUCAUUUUCCCUGUCACAGCUCAAGGUCAUAUGAUCCCAAUGAUCAACAUUGCAAAACUAUUUGCUUCUCGUGGUGUUAAAGCUACUAUUAUUACCACACCUCUUAACGCAAUAACCCUUUCAAAUACUAUCGAUCAGGAUAGAUUAUCUGGUCUGGAUAUCAAUAUUCAGACAAUUCCAUUCCCUGCAGUUCAGGUCGGGUUGCCGGAAGGAAUGGAAAGUGUUAACCAAAUCACUUCACCUGACAUGUUGCCUAAAUUCUUCUUAGCUAUGAGCAUGCUCCAAGAGCCAUUCGAGAAGCUCUUAGAAAAAUAUCACCCAGAUUUCAUUGUUGGUGAUAUGUUCUUACCUUGGACGACUGAGGCGGCGGCAAAAUUUGGCACUCCUCGGUUGAUCUUUCAUGGAACAAACAUAUUUUCUCAUUGUGUCGCCGCGAGCCUGAAGAGUGACAAACCAUUUGAGAGCAUUAUGAACGAUAAAGAAUCUUUUUUGGUCCCAGGUUUGCCUGACAAGAUCGAGAUGACCAUAUCUCAAGUGCCUGAAUAUAUUAUUGGUAGUGAUUCCUUGUAUAGUAAAGUGCUGGAGAAAGUCAGGGAAUCGGAGCAGAAGAGCUUUGGAGUUCUUGCGAACAGCUUCUACGAGCUGGAGUCAGCAUAUGCUGACCAUUACAAGAAUAUUCUCGGAAUAAGAGCAUGGCAAAUUGGUCCUCUUUCGCUUCGAAACAAUGAUACAUUAGACAAUGCGCAAAGGAGAAACACAUUAUCUAUUGAAGAACAUAGCAUUUUGGAUUGGCUCGAUUCCAACCAACCAAACUCAGUUAUUUAUGUGUCCUUCGGCAGUAUGUCUAAACUCUCUAGCGUUCAAUUGACUGAAAUAGCAAUUAGUCUCGAGGAUUCGAGAUGCUCAUUUAUUUGGGUUGUGAGAAAAAUGACUACCGGGGAGGAAAAUUUCUUACCAGAAGGCUUCGAAGAGCGAAUGCAAGGGAAGGGGUUGAUAAUUAGAGAAUGGGCACCGCAAGUGCUAAUCCUGGAUCAUCCAGCGGUUGGCGGAUUCAUGACUCAUUGUGGGUGGAAUUCUAUUUUGGAAGGUAUAUCUGCAGGUGUUCCUAUGAUAACUUGGCCUAUGUUUGCAGAACAGUUCUAUAAUGAGAUAUUUGUCACUCAAGUGCUGAAAAUUGGAAGCAAAGUUGGCGCUGAGGAAUGGAAAGACUGGGUUCAAACGACAGAUGUAUCUGUGAAGAAGGAGAAAAUAUCCAAGGCACUCACGCAGCUGAUGAGUGAUGGUGGAGACGAAAACAAGGAGAUGCGAAAGCGAGUGGCCGAACUUAGUGAAAAGGCGAAAAGCGCUGUAAAGGAAGACGGCUCGUCUUAUGUCCAGCUAACUGCUUUGAUUGAGGAAUUGAAAAUGUAUAACAAGUAAAACCACUUUUUACA